UUGCAGUGACUCAUUCCUGAUGGUUGAGGUCUACUUGAGUAAUUUCCGGAACGCAGUAAAUGCGGAAGAAGUUGCGCAGCAGAUCUGUUCCGUAGUGGAAGCCAGCGAUAUCCAUGCAUUCGCUCAAUUUCUAGCAGAACCAUCGGUAAAAACACUGCAAAACGACCCAGAUUAUUGUAAAUAUUACAACUUGUUGUGUCUUUUUGCAUACGGAACGUAUGGAGAUUUCGUCGCUCGUAAAAAUGAUUUGCCUGAGCUGAGUGAGAUAAUGUUGCGAAAAAUACGGCAGCUAACGCUGGUAACGAUGUGCACUCGUUCAAAAAUUUUUUCGAUCAAGGAUGCCAUGCGUGAAUUGCAAAUCAUCGAUCUGCAAGAAUUCCAGCGUCUUUUCAUUUCUGCCAUAUAUGAUGGUAUUAUUCAGGGGCGGUUAAAUGCUCAGAAAAGUGAAGUCGAAGUUUUUUCAUGGAAGAAUCGGGACAUUGCGGAUGAUGAAUUAGAUAACGUUUGUCAAGAGUUACAUAAAUGGAUACAGCGAUGUACCGAUAUCAAAGAGGGUUUGAGUCACGUAGCAAAACUCACUGAAAAAGCUAUUGCAGAAGCAAAUGAACGUGAGAAUAAGGUUGCAGAAGAAGCGAAGAAAGUGCAGAAAAUGCUUGAGGAAGAAGAAGAACAACGAAUGCCCAAGGAAUUUUAUCGGCGUACAAAAACUCAACGCGGGAAAAAGCACUGUUAAAGUUGAAAUUACACCCAUCCGUAUAAGAAUAUAUUUUUCUAGUGUAAAUAUAAAAGCAUGCAGAGAAUCAGAAUCAGGUAUCUGCGGUUAUCGUGUAACCCCUUCAUUUUUUAAUCCUUAAAAUACUAUACGCUUUAACCUCCGUUUCAAAAUUUAACUUCGUGGUUUUAAAUUAUUUUCAUGGCACUGUUUCUGUUUUGCUGAAGAAAAUCUAAUAAAUUAUUU